GUGGUGAGCGGAAUGGAGCUGGGCGUGAGGUGGGAGAUGGGGUUGGAGAGCGUGAGCUCGCGCCAGCUGGAGGGCUGGGUGGCCGCCCACCUGCAGCCCAGCACGGAAUUCAGCACGGCGGUGAAGCAGACGGUGAAGGACAUCUGCGACUUCCUCAAGGAGCGCUGCUUCGAAGGCAUCAGCGUCCUCAAGACCGUCAAGGGCGGCUCGGCGGGGAAGGGCACGGCGCUGCGCAACAACUCGGAUGCCGACGUGGUGCUCUUCAUCAACUGCUUCUCCAGCUACCAGGAGCAGGAGGCGCGGCGGGGCCACAUCCUCGCCAUCAUCGAGAGGCGGCUCAACGAGUGCCUCCCGACGCUGUCCUUCGGAGUCAGCAUCACCAGUCCGCGCUACAAGGACAGCCGGGACAGACCGCGCUCCCUCAGCCUCACCCUCUCCUCCAGCGCCUCCAGAGAGUCCAUCGACGUCGACAUCCUGCCUGCUUACGACGCACUGGGGCAGGUGAUUCAGGAUGCCCGCCCGGACCCCGCGGUCUACGUGAAGCUGUUGGCCACGCGCUGCGGCCCCGGCGAUUUCUCCCCCAGCUUCACAGAACUGCAGAAGAACUUUGUGAAGUGGCGCCCUGCUAAGCUGAAAGACCUGCUGCGCCUGGUCAAGCACUGGUACAAGGAGAUGUUGAAGCCGAAGUACCCCAACGCUAAGCUGCCCCCCAAGUAUGCACUGGAGCUGCUGACCAUCUACGCCUGGGAGGAGGGCACAGGCAGGGAGGACUUCAGCAUGGCUGAAGGCUUCUGCACUGUGCUGGAGCUGCUUGGCCAGUACCGGGACAUCUGUAUUUACUGGGAGAAGUACUAUUCCCUGGAGGAUGAGUGGGUCGGUGCCUACCUGAAGGAGCAGCUGCGCCAGCCCCGCCCCGUCAUCCUGGAUCCCGCCGACCCCACCGGCAUCCUGGGCCAAGGCAAGAACUGGGACUUGGUGGCCAAGGAGGCUGCCGAGAGCCGUGUGUCACUGCCCUGCGUCAGCGAUGUCUGCUCCUGGGACGUGCAGCCCACCCGACCUGUGAAGGUGCAAGUGAAGCAGCUGCAGGGCAUGAGCCUGACCAGGAAGGUCCACCCCAGCACCACAGUCUGGGAGCUGAAGGGGGAGAUAGAGAAGGAGUGGUGCAUCCCCCGCUACCAGCAGCGCCUGGCCCUGCAGGACAACCCCAGCAACCUGCCUGCGCUGCGGGAUGGGGACAGCCUGGCCGCCCACGGCCUCUUCUACGACAUCGUGCUGCUGCUGCUGUGCACCGAGCCCCAGGAGAUGGAGGUCCUGGUGAAGGACAGUAACAAGACCACAGUCUACACCGUACGGCCCACGGACACUGUGAAGCAGCUGAAGCAGCAGAUCUAUGCCCGCCAGCACGUGCCCGUGGAGCAGCAGCGCCUGACCUACGAGACCAAGGAGCUGGAGAACCACCACACGCUGGAGCACUACCACGUGCAGCCCCGCAGCACCAUCUACCUCCUGCUGAGGCUGCGGGGUGGCGCGGGGCCGCUGCCCAGACGCUGCGUGCCCUCCUGAGCUCCUCCAACCCCCAGCCUGCAGCCCUGCCCCGUCCCCCUGGGAAUAAAAGCUGUGAACUCUG